UGUGGCAGAAUUUGUUACAGGCAACCCUUUCAACGCCUGAAAAUGCUGCUGGGAUUCUGCACAUUUCUUUCGCAUAUUGCAUCCCCACUUAUGGCAUGUGGCUGCUUUCCCUUUGUGCGCAGUCAUUCCCGCACAACCUGUGUUACUUCACAUUCUCGGUGAUGGGCGACCUGAACUACUUCUUCUUUGCGGGCCACCUGAUCGACGUGGCUGUCGGCUUGAAGACACUGCGCACCAUCCUGCAGUCAGUCACACACAAUGGCAAACAGCUGGUGCUGACAGUGAUGCUGCUGACCAUCAUAGUGUACAUCUACACGGUGAUAGCGUUCAGCUUUUUCCCCAAGUUCUACGUCCAGGAAGAGGACGACCAGGUUGGCCACAAGUGUCACAGUAUGCUCACGUGCUUCGUGUUCCACCUCUACAAAGGUGUGAGAGCAGGUGGCGGAAUCGGUGAUGAAAUCGAGCCUCCGGACGGUGACAAAUACGCGGUGUACCGCAUCAUCUUCGACAUCACUUUCUUCUUCUUUGUCAUUGUCAUCCUGCUGGCGAUCAUUCAGGAUUAG